CACCCACGGCCCAGGCCCGCCCACCCUGGCCGGGCCGGGACACGUCUGCCGCACGCGGGGCGGCCCGGGCCGCAGGCGCCAGGUGAGACGCGGGGCCGGGUGCAGCUUCCUGGUGCGGCCACGAGGAGGAGGUGGGGGGCACCGGCUGCACCUCAGACCCCGACCCUUGGGCUGGGAGGAGGUGAGAUCCACUUACCAGGCUCUGACCGUCUUCCGGGGCUCCAGAGGACGCCAGGACCCCACCUUUUGAAGUCAGAGCCCUGAAGGAACGCACGCCUGCCUCGGUUUCCCCGCCCGUGAAGGCCUCCCCGGCCCUCUGCCCUCUGCCGCCCUCAGCAUGCAGCCCCAGGACAGCAGCGUCCAGUACAGCCGGUGGAACAACAGCAGCCAAGAUGAAGUCAGCGUGGCCCCUGUGUCCAGCACAGAGGAGGCCUCGGGCUAUGCGAGGAUCUCCCGGAAGCUGUGCUCGGGCAAGCUGGGCAUCUCCCUGAAGGUGCUGGGCGGAGUGACCCUCUUCUGGGCUGUCUUCAUCCUGGGCUACCUCACCGGCUACUACGUGCACAAGUGCAAAUAGCGGUGCCCAGCACGCACCCUUGGGGUGGCCACACGCGCACACUCAGGGGCACGAGAGGGACACUGCUAUAUACGAGAAACCCCUCUGUAUACACGUGUCCUUCCUAUACAAAGCCUCCCCUGUGUACACGGACCCUCCUCCAUAUACAUGGCCCCACUGGUACACACAGAUCCCCAUAUACACAGCCCUCUUAUAUACACAGCAUCCCUUGUAUAUAUGCACCCCCCCCAAAUACACAGACCCUCCUCCAUAUACACAGACCAACUCGUACACACGGAUCCCCAUAUACACAGAACCUCCUAAAUACGGUGCCCCCAUAUAUACAGACUCCCCCCAUAUACACAGAUCCCCCUAUACACAGACUCCCUUCCAUAUACACAGAACCUCCUAUACACAGCCCUAUUCCUAUACAUAGCCUGCUCCACGCACAGACCUCAGGGGCAGACACAGCUCACAGGGCACAGGUAUUGGCCCCAGGCACAUGCGGACACCAGUGUGCUCAGCAGUCACAGGCCCCCACAAUGGGCCCAGGCCUGGUGGCCUCAGGGUGGCAUCUUCCCUGGAUGGGUCCUGUGUGGAGCUGUAUGGCCCUGGGCAUGCCCCUGCCUUCUCUGGGCUCUUCUGACAACAGCUGUGCAAGGAUGGCUCUGAGCAGGGCUGUGUCCCUCUGUCCACCCUCUGAGGGCCCGAUACCCCGUCCUGGAAGUCAUUUCCUGCGCAGAGUGGGGAGAUGGGCCUCGGCCCAUCACUGUGUCUCCCCUCCAGUACAGUGGGCGUGGUUCUCCCUGGGCCGUCCACCUCACUGGGGCGGGCCCGGCGGGAAGGCUUGGUUCCUCCACCUGUGCUAUGCACAUGGCCUGCGCCGUCAUUAAACAUCUGCUGAAAGAAAGAUGGAUGACGGCCUCUCCCACGGGUCCUCCAAGCCAGGGGUGAUUCUCGGUAUCCACCUGAGGGGAGGCUAGCUGGAGGGUGUCUGGACAGCAGCCGAGAGGCCUGUGGGAAUGGUCUGUGCCGCACCCCCCCUUGGCCCUGGGCCUUGGAAUGUGCGCCCUUGUGGUUGGGCCCUCUGGUGGGAAGCCAGAACAUGGCACAGGCCUGAGGGCCAGGAUGUGCCCAGACCUGUUCCUGCCUUACCUGAGCCCGGACAAGGCCGACUCUGGGGUCAGUCCUGCCACUGCCGGGCCUUCACUCCCAUCUCCUGGCCCCCUGAGGGUCUUCAGUGCCGUCUCCUGGCCCCCCGUUCUCUGUAGGUGCCCUCCUGGGCCAUACAUUCGGCCCUCACCUACUGCAAACUCAUGUCUCAGGCCUCACAGACCCUUGCCAGAAACAUCUUAGGAAAGUGGUCCUCACCCCAGGACUGAGAGUGGGAGUCGAGGGCCGGUCAUGGUCCUUGUGAGCCCUGAGAUCGGAGGCCAUCUUGCAGACCUGGUAUCAGAGGCCAACCUGGCGGAGGGCAGGGCAGGCAGAGACCCCACAGGACUAGCCUUUGGGGACAGCAGCCCCACUUGAGGUCUGCCUAGGCCGGGCGGAAGUCGGGGAGCUGCACAGCCAGUUUCUGCAGCAUCUGCAGAUGCUCCCUGGCUCUGACCCGAGGAGGGAGGCCAGGCAGGGGUCUGGGAGCGGUGCCUGGUGGGUGUGCCUGGGCUGGGGUCCCCCAGCAGCAGUGCUUCACGAGGGGCUGGUGGCGGGCUGAGGGCUAGGGAAGCAGGUUAAGAGGCAGCGGUGGUGCGUCUGGUUCACUCAGCCCUGGUCUCUGAGCAUAAGCUCAGAAAAGCCGCUGAAAAAACUCCUCCAAAAAGAGACCCCCACCUCCCAUCCCUGUUUGGCCACACUUGGGGAGGGAGGGGUGCCAGCUUACCCACACUCGUGUGGCAUCGCCCUGGCACCCCAUCUGGAGUCCCCCCCUGCCAUCACAGGAUGGGCACUGGGGUGGGGGCUGUGGAGAGGUGGCCAGGGGCCACUGGCCUGGCAUAGUUGGGCUGCAUGGCCUCAGUGGGCUCCAAGAGGUGGGCAGUCUGCUCUGGAGGUGCAGGGGCUGGGCCCCCCAAGACCUGGUGCAGCAUCAGCCAGGCGCCAGGCAAGGCUGCAGGACAGAAGGGAGGUGGGUCCUGGCCGCCCCCGGCCUCUCCUCCUCCCUCUCUCAGGCUGCUCUGGCCUCCCUGGCUUCCAAGAUGCCCUGCAGGCUCCAGGGCCACGCUCCCUAAGCAGUUCCAGGCAGAAACAGGUCUGCUGAGGGACAGGUCAGAUACAACUGGUCGGGGCAAGGCAGCAGCACAGUGGGGAGGGGGGGCGGGGGGAGGGCCAGGGAGCAGGUGCAGUCCAUGAAAGGGGGGCAGUACUUGGGGCAAGAGGGGAAGUCACCUCAGUCUCUCCAGCUCAGUCCAGCACCACAGGGCAAUGCCUGUGGGUCCUCACAAACACCUCCUGGGGUCGGGGGAACUGCAUGGGCAGUGGAUAGCAGAGGCCCAUGCUGGGCUCCAGCCUGGAUCUGGCCAGUCAAGCCCCGUGCACCCUGAGGCCAGCAGGUCUCAGGAGCCUGGUGCACCAGCCUGGUUGGUGGAUACAGUGUCCCCUGCCCGUGGGCUCCACCAACAUCCCUUACCUGGCCCCUGUGGGGGAGGCUGCAGGCAGAGGCCCUCAGGGUGCACCCCACUUCCAUGCCAGCUGCCUCCAUGAAAUGGGACCCCCAGGCUCCAGCCAGACGGAGUGGUCAGGCUGGAGGCAGCAGCUCACGCCCCACGGUUCCCCAGGCCCUACACCCUGGGCCGAGUCCUUACAGCCCUGGGAGGGUUGGGGAGAGGAUGGGACAGGACCCUGCUGAGUCCCCAGCCAGCCUCCUCUCCCAUAGAAGUUCAGGAACUGGAUGAUUGCUAGGGGUGGGUCUCAGUGACUUGACUCCUUUGCGCAUGCCCCUGGAUGGGAUCUACCAGGGGCUCCAGGGGGUGGCGCAGGGUGCUGCAGGAAGCUGGUUCCCAGGGUCUCGGGGUCAAGGGCAGUGGCUUCUUGGGCUGGGGCCUGUGCAAC